CAUCCAUGGGUUUGUUUUGAAAAGUUUCGUUAUUUAAACAAAAAAAUAUUCACCAAACAUCAAAGAAAAGUAGUUUUAUAAUGGAACCAGGAAACUCGAAACAAAAUAAUUCCAUUAAGACUAAUAAUUCUGUAUUCUUAGAUACAAUUGAAAUGCAUCCCACAACUGCGUCUGUUGUACCACCAACGCAUUUAUCAAAGUCUGAUCCUGGUUGGAUUGAUUUAGGAUUAGGUUAUCAGAUCCGCAUACCGGCCAUAGCCGAAGAAGGCAAUACUUCUGAACAGGUUCAACUUGAGGAUGUAUGCGUUAAACCACAACCAGCCAAACCACCAGAAGUGGAAUCAUCGAUUUUCUACUUUGUGGAAACACGUAAUCUGGACGAGCCAAGUUGUGUUGAUUUGAAAAUCAAACUACAGCCGGACGCCGUAACCAAGAAACAGGUGGAGUCGCUGGAGGAUUUCAUUCACAAGUGCAACUUUUGUGUCAGUCGUUUCUCGAUAAUGGAGCAACUUAGGAGACAUUUGUUGCGCCAUGCAAAGAUUGAGUGCAGUCAAUGUAGCGAAAAGUUCCACAAUUCUUUCGAGCGAGACUGGCAUUUGAGGCGAUUCCAUGGGGAAGAUGCAGCAUUUGAUAAAGUUAUCGGAAUUCAUCACUUCUGCCGGUGCUGUCAACUUAGCUUCCCCACGAAACAAGAAAUAUGCACGCACCUGCAAAAGUGCCACCAGGUUUACGUCGAACAGGAACUGCAAAAACAGUUCGAAAGUUCGGAAAACGUUCUUCACUACUCUAGUGUUGCCGUCCACUAUCAAGACACAGAUUCAAUUCGUUGUGUGUACUGCAACCAGAUUUUCAAAACUUCCGACACACUGGCAGAACAUUUCCGAACCAAGCACAUGAGCACUCCGUCCGAGUGCAACUACUGUCCGGAAACGUUCAGCGCAUUAGCUCUGCUGAGGAGACAUAAGAAAGAGGUUCAUGGAGUGGUGUCGAACGCGAACCACAAACCGACACGAUGCAAACCGCCCUACUGAGAAAGAUUGUGUGUGCGUUAAAAUUGUAAAAAUAUACUUGACUCAUUAU